UGAGUAAUAUAUUUGAUUUUAUUCAUUUAUUUAAUCUUAAUAUAUUUUUUAUUCUUUUAUAGUUGCAAAUACAAAUUGUAUCUAGCUGAAUUAUCUACUGUUAGUAUUAUUAUUCCUACUCGUGAUGAACAUUUACCAACAUUACUUCGAUCAAUACAUAGUAUAUUAAAUCGAACACCAGCAAAACUUUUAGAAGAAAUCAUUAUUGUAGAUGAUGCAAGUGGCAAAGAGGAAUUGAAAGCAGCACUUGAUAUUCAAGUUGCUAAUUUAACAAAGACACGUAUAAUUCGCCUUCAUAAACGUGAAGGUCUUAUUCGUACAAGGUUAGCUGGUGCACGUGAAGCAAAGGGUGAAAUACUCAUUUUCUUUGAUUCACAUAUCGAAGUUAAUAUCAAUUGGUUACCACCAUUAGUCGAACCGAUCGUAUUAAAUUAUAAAACAAGUGUUUGUCCAUUUAUUGAUAUUAUUAAAUGGGAAAAUUUUGCUUAUAUUGCUCAAGAUGACGGUGCUCGUGGUGCUUUUGAUUGGAGUAUGUAUUAUAGACGAUUACCUUUAUUAACUGAAAAUGUACAAAAACCAACAGAACCAUUCGACAAUCCAGUCAUGGCUGGUGGUCUUUUUGCAAUUAGUAAAAAAUGGUUUUGGGAAUUAGGUGGUUAUGAUGAAGGUCUCGAUGUAUGGGGUGGUGAACAAUAUGAAAUGUCAUUUAAAAUUUGGCAAUGUGGUGGACGACUUGUCGAUGCUCCAUGUUCAAGAGUUGGUCAUAUUUAUCGACAAUUUAAUCCACAUGGUAGUUUUUCAUUUGGUGAUUAUUUAUCAAGAAAUCAUAAACGAGUAGCAGUUGUUUGGAUGGAUGAAUAUGCUGAAUAUGUUUACAAACGAAAUGGACAUAUGAGAACUGUAAACCCAGGCAAUGUCAAGAAACAACUUGAACUACGUAAAAAACUGGAAUGUAAACCAUUUAAAUGGUUUAUGGAAAAUAUUGCAUUUGAUUUACCUCAAUAUUAUCCACCUGUUCCUUUACCUCCGUAUGCUACGGGAGAAAUUCGAAGUAUGAAUAAUUCUCUAUGUAUUGAUACUAAACAUGCUAAUGAACAUGCAACAUUUGGUCUUGAUCUAUGUCUCAGAGAUCAUCAAGGUCGUAGUGGUGAACAAGAUUUUGAGCUUGGGUGGCGUCAAGAUAUUCGACCAAAAGGUCGUGAGUUAUGUUUUGAUGUACCUCAAAGAAGCAAACGCACAUCGAUUGUGCUAUUUGCUUGUCACGGUAUGCGUGGUAAUCAACAUUUUGUAUAUGAUAUUAAUAAUUAUCAUAUUCUACAUGUAGCAACACGUUUAUGUUUGGAUUGUGAUUUAGAAAGUAGACAAGUUUUUAUGGAACAAUGUAACACAAAAAAUGUUUAUGAAUUAGGAGAAAUUAUUGGACAAGGUGCUUAUGGAUGUGUAUUUAAAAGUCGAAAUGUAACAACCAAUGAAACUGUUGCUAUUAAAAAGAUGACUAUAUUGCGUACUCGUGAUGGUUUACCAACUUCAGUAAUUCGUGAAGCUGCUUUAUUAAAACGUGUUGGGAAAGUUGAUCAUGACAAUUUAAUUAAAUUAAAAGAAGUAUUCAAUGAACAAGCAAGUGUUGAUCGACAGAAUAUUUAUUUUAUUUUUGAAUAUGUUGAACGUGAUCUUGAACGUUAUCUCAAAAUGCAUAGUCCUUUAGAUAUUAAUCAAAUUCGAAAUCUUACUCAACAAUUGUUAACAGCUGUAUCGGUUCUUCAUAGUCAUUCUAUUUUUCAUCGCGAUAUUAAACCUCAAAAUAUUCUUGUUACUAAUAAUGACAUAUUAAAACUCGCUGAUUUUGGUCUUGCUCGCGAAUAUCAUGAACAUAAAGUGUUUACCACUGUGGUUGUAACUAUGUGGUAUCGAGCACCAGAAAUUCUUUUGUCAUCACCAUAUUGUACAUCAGCUGAUAUGUGGAGUGUUGGAUGUAUUCUUGGUGAAAUGGCAUUAGGUCGACCAUUGUUUGCUGCCAAAUCAGAGAGUCGUCAAUUACGUCGUAUUAUUCUUUUGAUGGGUCUACCAAACGAAGAUGAAUGGCCACAAGAUUCUCCGAUUAGAAGAGAAGCUUUUGAAAAUUAUUCUCAACCAAUUAUUACACUCGAACGACUUAUUCGUUUUGAAGAUAGUUGUGCUUUUGAAUUACUUCGAUCAUUACUAUCAUUCAAACAAAGUCUUCGUCCAACGGCUAUUCGAGCUCUUGAACAUAAUUUUUUUCGUCGAACUGAUCAUACUUUAUGUACAGUAACUUGGUCUUCGGCUGAUAUAGCCGAAGCUACAGCUGCUGUACCCAAUCUAGAUGCGUAUACAGAUGGCGAUUUUAAAUUUAAUAACGAUGAUGAUCAAAAAAUUGAAAAUAUUCGUUCAAGAACCAAUUCUAUAGAUGCUGGUUAUUAUUAUCAAUCGUGGUCAUCUCCCGAUGAUGGUCAACAUAUGUUAACAAUAGAUAGUCAUAUAAGCAGUGUUGGGGGUGAUGUACCUCAAUCGCCUAUUGAUAUCGUUUCCUGGUGGUCGGAUAGUCCAUAA